AAGGAAGGAGUACAAAUGCCGAGGUAACGUUCUGUCGAUCGGUUAGUUUUCCGCAAAAGAUCCUUCCGAUCAGACGUUGUUUCUUCCAAGGAAAAACUCUUAAGUGGUCGAAACUGAGAAUGGCCUCGUGGAUGAAUUUUUGCCUCGUAACUUUACUGGUCAUCGUUGGGAUGGCCAGAUGUGAAGAUGAGGAUGCCGGCAAGCAGCAGCACCUCAAGAUCAAGGAAACGUGCGCCAAACUGCUCUCGGUUCCGGAAGAAAUGCGGACCAAAUAUUUCGCCCACGAGUAUCCGGAAGAACACGACACGUAUUGCUUCAUCCGGUGCGUGUCGAUCCUGCACGAUAACUACGACGACGAAACGGGGCCGAACUUCGAGUCGAUCCACCGGUGGUUCAACGAUGGAACUGCGCUGGAAGAUUUUACGACCCAGCAUCAGGAUUGUGCGGAACGGGGCAACGAGGUCGAGGAAGGGAAGAAACCGUGCAAGUGCCGCAAGGCCUUCCGCACGAUGAUGUGCUUCCGGGAUAAGUUGCACAACAAGAGCAAGGCCUAAGGGGAGUGGGUUCAGAAGAAAGUGGUUCGAUUCGAAACGAAAACUGUGUUUCGAUAGAUUAAGAUUUUUUUUUAAAUAAUUGUGUUUAAUCGUGUGCCUUCGAAUGCCUUCGGAAGAAUUUCAACUGGAUUUUUUUUGAUAUUUUUCUUUCGAUAAAGCAAACAUUAACGUACCAUUUGAAGGGAUUUAGAGAAAAAAAAUCUCUUACCAAUUGUUAUAUCAAAGGUAUUUGACAACAACGAUAUUUACCUGAAAAGAGAAGAAAAAAACAUGUUAGAAGUA